UCGUCUCCUCCGGCUUCCGGCGCGGUGCCGCAGCAGUGGCGGCCGGUCAUGGACCGCAACCCGUCGCCGCCGCCGCCCAGUCGGGAGGAGGAGGAGGCCACGGGCGACUGCAUCGGGAACACGGUCUACAGCAAACACUGGCUCUUCGGCGUCCUCAGCGGGCUCAUCCAGCUUGUCAGCCCCGAGAACACCAAUUCCAACUCAGAGGAGGAGGAGCAGCAGUUAGGGCUUGAUGAAGAAAAAGAGAAUGAAAUCUGCAGAGUGUGGGAUAUGUCGAUGGAUGAGGAUGUGGCUUUAUUUCUCCAAGAAUUUAAUGCUCCUGACAUAUUCAUGGGGGUGCUGACUAAAUCUAGCUGUCCUCGAUUAAGAGAAAUUUGUAUGGGGAUUUUAGGAAAUAUGGCCUGUUUCCAGGAAAUAUGUGUGUCUUUCAGCAAUGACAAAAAUCAUGGCCAGGUGCUACUGCAGUGUUUGUAUGAUUCAGACCCCCCUACUCUGCUGGAAACAAGCAGGUUGUUGCUUACUUGCCUUUCCCAGACAGAAGUGGCUAGUGUCUGGGUUGAAAGAAUUCGGGAAUAUCCACCUGUUUAUGAUAACUUUUGCUUCAUCAUGUCAAGUUCAACAAAUGUUGACUUGCUAAUGAAAGUGGGGGAGAUUGUAGACAAGCUCUUCGACUUGGAUGAGAAGCUAAUGCUGGAAUGGAUCAGAAAAGGGGCUGUUACACAGCCUCUAGAUCAACCACAAGAAGAUUCAGAAGAACAACGAAUAUUUAGAAUUGUGCCCUGUCUACUCGAAGCUGCAAAGCAGAUACGUUCUGAACACCCGGAAGGACUUGAAGUGUACAUGCACAUUUUACAGCUGCUUACCACAGUAGAUGAUGGGAUUCAAGCAAUUGUACAGUGUCCUGAUACCGGACAAGACACUUGGAAUUUCCUUUUUGACCUGGUGUGCCAUGAGUUCUGCCAGCCUGAUGACCCACCCAUCAUGCUUCAAGAGCAGAAAACAGUGCUCGCUUCUGUAUUUUCUGUGUUGUCUGCCAUUUAUGCUUCACAGGCGGAACAAGAAUCUCUAAAGAUAGAAAAAGCUUAUCUUCCUCUAGUUGACAGUUUGACUCGUGUCUUUAAAAAUAUGAAACAUUGUCAGAAGAAACUAGAGAGCUCAGUAGAGUCUAACGCAGAAGACACUAAAAAGUCUGAUUUAACCCAAGAUGAUUUCCACUUGAAGAUCUUAAAGGAUAUUUCAUGUGAAUUUCUUUCUAAUAUUUUCCCAGUGUUAACAAAGGAAACUGUGGCUCAGGGCCUAAAGGAGGGCCUGUUAAACAGACAGAAGUGUGCCUGUGCCUUACAGAACCUUCUUCCUGUCUACAGCCCUGUGGCAAAAGACUUUCUCAAAGUCCUCCAUGAAGUAGAUGAGACUCUUGCUGGUGAUCUAGAGGAAGACUUCCCAAGCUUGAAGGUUCAGACUUGAAACGUGAACUGGAAUUUCUUCAGCCCAAGAAAUAAACUUUAUUUUCCUCAGUGACAGUUGAAAUAGAACACAGCAAGUAUUAGAUAAGGUCUAUUUUAGACCAUAGUUGUCUGGUAUGACAUUAUAGGAAAGUAUUUAUGUUUUUCUUCUUCCCCAGUCCUAGUCUCACUUCUGUUUACCAUUAGAAUUUGGAUUGUUACCUCUCUUAGACAACCCUCCACCCACUUUUUUGUAUUAGUUAUGUGGUAUUUGUUAUCUUCAGUCAGGUAGAAAAACAAAAACACAAGUUUAUUAUUGAAGUGGUUUAGAAUUUUUGAGGGGUUGGACUGAGGAUUUUCUUCAUUUGAUUUUUACAUGAGAUUUUUGUAUUUUAUACUGUAUAAGCACAUUCAACUACACCAGUAGAAAGAUUCUACUCGAAUCCAAGCCUUGUUAAGUUUUGUAUGCAGUGAAAAGACCACAAGUGGGCAGUCCAGACCUGAUAAGGUGGCUCAGGGACCAUGACUCCUUUCACCUCCACUGGGUCUGCUAUAUAGAUACCUGUUUUGGCGUCGAUUGGCUUAUUGACUUUUAACACUUCUGCAACAUUCGUCAGGUAGGAAAAAGCCAAAGGGGCUUUCUUCUAGCAAGUCUUUACCUAUUUAUUUGGAAAGGGCAAUCCUCCUUGACUAGAACUAUGUCAUAUAACCAUCUAACUUGCAGGUAUUCAAGGGGGGAGGCUGUUUGUUUUGCUUCUUUUUUCAGUCUGUAGAAAGACGAGAGAGAAAGGAGAUGUGAAUGACUUUGAAUAGAUGAUCCGUGGUGUUUUCACAAUAUGCAAACACGUCUCUAUGACUAUUCAUUGUGUUUGGUCCAUACCAGGUUGUUAAUAACUCAAAAGCAAUUUAUCUUUUUUUUUUGAUUUAAAUUUAAAUUUUUAAGAGAGAAAGAUACAGAGGGAAAGAGUGCAGCUGAGCUCUGGCUUAUGCUGGUGUGAUGGAGAUUGAACCUGAGACCUCAGAGCCUUAGGAAUGGAAGUCUUUUGCAUAAAAGAAUUGAUUCUGUGUACUGCUUUCUAAUGCAUACUUCCAAAAACCAGCCAGGCACACUAAGGACCCAAUUUGCUUUAACUUCAGUUACUGAAAGUGGAGUUUUAUUUAAGAGACCAUAAUAAAAUAAUCAAUAGAUCUCUCUUACAUAGUACCACCCCUUCCCAAUUUAUUACAAACUGUGUUUUCAUGUUAAAGCAUUGGUCUUGCCACUCUUUGUAGUUGUUCCUUGAGUAACUUUUACUGAUGGAACAUAAAGGAUACCGUUACUGAGGAGAGACUUAAUUUCCAGUCUUACUGUUGACAGUAUCCCUCCUGUAAAAAUGGAACUGUAGAAUUUAAAUCUUACUGAUUAAACUUACUUUGUGUAUGUU